UGCCACUCUACUAUAGACGCGGGUAGAAUUUUUAGCAGUCUGUUAAAAGAGUUCGAGUUAGAGUUCAAUUUCAGUUACAGCUUACAGCGUACAUUUACACAGUCGCGGCGGGCGAAGUGGAAAAAACUACCGAGUCUCCGAAAGCGCCGGUUCAAAUUUUUGAAUGAUUUAAAUACCAAGUCAAACAUAAUCGCGGCGUUGAGUAAAGGAGACAGUGUCAGUCAAGAUGGCAACCAAACCACAGAGUGGUUCGACUGAAUUGGAAAGUUUUUUACCACAAGAUAACUCUGGUGCAAAUGGAGUUACCAAAUACAAAAUUGCAACAAAUGGAGAUGUAGAAACUGCAAAUCUAGGAGAAUUUGAUCCAUUUAAAUCCAGACAAUUACAGCACCCUGUAUCAAAUGUCAAUACCCUCACUCAUCUACUAAAGGCUUCACUAGGAACUGGAAUUUUAUCAAUGCCUGCUGCCUUCUACAGUUCAGGCUUAGUUAUGGGAAUAUUUUUGACCAUUUUAGUUUCUGUUAUAUGCACCCACUGUGCCUACGUCUUAGUUACCAGUGCCCAUGAACUGUACAAAAAAUCAAGAAAAACACAAAUGGGAUUUGCCGAUGUUGCACAAGAAGCCUGCAAAAGAGGUCCACCGUUCGCUAGGAAAUUUGCUCCAUUCGCAAAACAAUUUAUACAAAUAGGAAUAUUCGUGACGUACUUUAUGACCUGCAGUUGCUACACGGUCAUCAUGGCUAAGAAUUUCAAUUACGUCAUCGAUCACUAUUUGGGAUACGAGGUGGAAAUAAGGAUAACCAUAGCGGUCAUGUUACUGCCGCUCAUUCUACUGGCAUACGUUCCAAACUUGAAAUAUUUGGCGCCGUUUUCCAUGGUCGCUAAUGGAUUUAUGGCCGUCAGCUUGGGAAUUACAUUCUAUUAUUUGGUUGAGAAGAUGCCCGCCGUGUCUGAGAGGCCAGCCGUAGCUCCCAUCGCUACCAUGCCGGUGUUUUUCAGCAUCACCAUAUUUGCCAUCGAAGCCAUUGGAGUUAUUAUGCCAUUGGAAAAUAACAUGGGAACCCCUCAGAAAUUCGUCGGAUUAUGCGGUGUCCUCAAUCAAGGAAUGAGCGGAGUCACUUUGGUAUAUAUAUUGAUAGGUUUCUUCGGGUAUCUUCGAUAUGGAGAACACGUUGAAGGUUCUGUGACUCUCAAUCUUCCGAUAAGCGAUUAUGCUGCGCAAGCUGUUAACAUUUUAGUGGGCGGAGCAGUUUUUUGUACGUUUGGACUUCAAUUCUACGUGUGCAUAGACAUAGCAUGGAAUGGCAUUAAGGAGAGAUACGCCAAGCAACAAAAAGCCGCCAAUUACAUCAUGCGUACAAUCAUGACAUUGGUCUGUGUCUUCAUAGCGAUAGCGGUUCCGACCAUAGUACCGUUCGUGUCAUUAAUCGGUGCUUUUUGCUUUUCGAUUUUGGGAUUGAUGGCACCUAUAGCAAUCGAAAUGUUUACGUUCUGGGAAAAAGGAUUCGGUAAAUACAAUUGGAAGAUCGUCAAAAACCUAAUCGUUGGUAUUAUAGCCUUUUUAGCUUUGAUAUUCGGUUCGAAAGCAGCCAUUGAAGAUAUUAUUGCUAUGUAUUCGAAUUCUCCUAACGCUACUACCGAAGUUUUACCUAUUUUUGGAGAAGAACCCAAGUUUAACGGUACCACGCCGGUAGCUAUCUUAGCAAGAAGCAUUCUCAAUGGUACCACCUUUGGAGAUAUAGUGGAAACAACGUUAGCACCGCUAAAUAGUACUAUACUAAGUUAGAUGAUGCGUGGUAGCUUAAUUUAUUUAAACAAAUAGAUCGAAUUUAUUUCGAGAUUGUGUACAUUUUUGGUAAGUUAUUUUUAUGUCAUAUAUUUUAUAAACGGGACUUAAAAUGUUUGAUGAAACGGAAUUUUAAUACCGCUGGCGGAUUUUAAAAACUUUCGUCUCAUGACAGAUGAAAAUUUCAAAAAUAGUUUAUCCAAUCACAUUGAGUAAACUCGAAGCAUUGUUAAAACUUACCACAAAAUUAUACCUUCUAUUUUCAACAAUCUUGUAAAAUUGUCAUCGAGAGACAUGAACCCAAAUCCUCAGUUAUCUAUACGUAAAAGUAAACGCUGUCAAUACUGCCAACGUCAACUGAUGACAGUUGACGUACACAUCAAAUGGAAGAAUUCUGUCAAUUUUUGUUUACUAUAUACAUUGCGUUCGGUCUGCCAAGUUCCUUUAACUCCUUUAACACUUUUAACUCCAAACGACCCUUUUACCGUUAGGUUUAGUCCGAUUAGUGACAGUUUAACACGCUUAAAUGUCAUUUAAAAGCACCCUAAAAUUUGUCCCGCUCCAGCCCCUGACUGACCGAACUCGCCUUUUAUAGUUUUAUUCGUAGAGUCAGUUUCUGGUCAUUACCGAAAACCGAUAAUUUCGCAUGCGCAAUCAGUUUGUAGGGAGCUAUGAUAAGUAGAGAUGAACCCAAACGAUGGAUAAAAAUAAAUUAUGAAUAUUUCACGUUUAAAAAAUUAAAAUAGAUGGCAAAGUUGUCGGCUCGAUUUCAGGGAGCGCCAAUUGCUUUUUGGUAUUUAAUAGUUUUUGUAAUUUAUUUUAAUAUCCGAAUACGUGUUAUGGAUUCGUUGAAAUUGAGAGACAUCAUUCUAAAAUGAUGUAGACUUCGUAAUUCAUAAAUCGAAGACGCGUGAACUGAA